CGAACUUUUUGGACAUCUAGAUACCCUCUACCUGUAUCCUUUUACUCGCAAUUAGAAAAAAUGGUAUGUAGCUCCUUCCUGCGCAACGACAUGGACCCAUCCCCAGUAUUGCUCGUUGCUUGCCCGCGCCUGCCGUUUCUACGGAAAUGGGGCAGCGACGGCGACACAAACAAGGCCUCUCGCUUUCACCUUGUAUCACUGUAGUGCUCAGUUCACUUUUCGCUGCCGACAAGCAACUGGUCCACACAACUCUACAAACACAAGCACACACACAACGAGAACAGCAAUGGAUAACAGCAACCAGGCCUCCACCAACUACCGCGAAGCAUUCCAGCUCUUCGACAAGCGCGGCAACGGGCGCGUCGACCGCGGUUCGCUCGGCGACCUGCUGCGCGCAUGUGGGCAGAACCCAACGCUCGCUGAGAUUGGGGAUUUGGAGCGCGGCGUUGGCGCAGACUUCGACUUUGACACCUUCUCCAAGAUUCUCAACCGCCCCGGCGGUUUCCGCGAACCCUUUGACAUCGAAGAGUACAUACGUGGCUUCCAAGUCUUCGAUAAGGAUCGCUCGGGCUUUGUGGGCAAGGGUCAGAUCAAGUACAUUUUGACGAACUUGGGCGAGAAAAUGAGCGAGGAAGAGGUGGAUGAGCUGUUCAAGAGCACGAUUGAUGCGAGCAACAACGAGGUCGACUACAGGGAGUUCGUCAAGACGAUUGCGGAGAACUAGAUUCUUAUUUAGCACUUCUUUCGACUCUCCUUCACG